CCCUCCUUUCUUCUUUCAUUACUACUUUUUAUUCAUAUAUAUUUUAUUUUUUUUUCUUCUUUCUUACUUUUCAUAUUCUUAUAAACAACUUGAAUUCAUCAUCUUGACCUCCCUUUUUUUUUAAAGCGUGAUUGCUCUUUAUAAUGACAAAAGAUCAAUAUGUUUGUCAACGAGCUGCCAACGCCAUUAUAUCUGAAAUAGGACCUUAUCAAAUAUCUUCAGAUGCUUUACAAGCUGUUAAUCAAUUCCUUGACCAAGUCUUAAUGCUUUUAUUACAAAGAUCACAAUGUUUGGAUCUCUCUCAGAUAAAAACUCAUUUUUUGACCUUAUUACCUCUUAGUUUGGGAAAAAAUGCUAUUGUGGAAGCUGAAUUGGAAGUCAAAACUUAUACUGAAACUAGUGUUAUUGAUUAUCCUUUAUAUGAACGUAUGCGAAGCUGGAAUGCAACUAACUUUCCUUUAGAUCAAGUGGCUACUUGUUUAAGACAAGAAUGUAUAGAUCAUUGUACUUUGGCUGAUAAAAGUGUUUCAACUAAUGAUAAACAACAAGAUGAACAACAACAAAAUCAAUUAGUCCUCUCUCCAAUGGUCAUCAUUUAUAUCACUACUUUAUUGGAACAUUUGGCUGAAUAUAUUUUAACAACCAUUGCUGUCACUGCUGAUCAAGAAGAUACUGAAUAUGUACGAAUCAAAGAGGUUUAUUUAGCAUUACUGGAUGAUGCCCAAGUAGGUCAACUCUUUCAGCAAUUAGAUCUUCGUAUUAAAUUGGAGAAACGAACUAUAUCCUAUCAACAGACUCAAAGAAUGAUGACUUUACCUUCUCCAGUUCCAAGUCCUGUAGCCUCUUAUAAAAAUCAAGCAUCCAUUUCUCAAGAUACAUUUGUUCAUGAUGAAGACGAAGACUACGAUGAUAAUGAUGACUUUCACUCUGAACCACCUCCAUCUGCUCAUACACAAACCUCUUUUUCCAUCAAAUCUACACAAAGUUCAUCUUAUUACCGUCCAGUAUCUGUUAUUAGCAAUGGAACAACUGCUACCAAUCGUUCUUCAUCAAGCAUCAAAAAAGGUUUUCGCUUCUUUGGGAAAAAAGAUAAACGAUCAUCAGUCGCUAGUCAUGCUACAACCACAACAACUGGUACAGCUAAUACUAUCACUUAUCAACGGCCUUCUACUCCUUCAUCUAUUCAAGUCAAUGAUCCUGAUGCUCCUUCUUUGGAUUUUGAAGAUUUGAUUCGUUCUGGUAAUACCAUGAAAGUCUCCUUGACUCCCAAUCGUUUGCGAUCAAUCGAAGUGAAAUCACCAUCACCAUAUGACCAACAAUACAAAUCUCCUGCCAGUCCAAUCCCUUCUCAAAUAAAAUCAACCAAUCCUUCUUCAUCUUCCACCCGCCCUCCUCCUACUGGUGUUCCCUUUGAAAACCCACGUGCUGCUCCUAAACCGCCCAUCAAUAAAAAUCAACAUCCAUCACCCAAAGUAGCAUCCAAACAACAAACUCCACCAUUGACUCCUAAUUCCAGUAUAUCCUCAAGACCAUCUAAACCCAGACCUCCUCAACCAUCUUUUGAAGAAGAUCAACAACAACAUGGCAACAUACAACCAAUUAAAACCAUGAAACAAUCUCCACCUGCUCCAUUACAACUUGUUGGUCGAAAGAAUCAACAACAUGGUACGGAUUCGGAAACAGAAGAUGUAUGUGUGACAGAUUUACCUUCUCCUCCGAGCACUAAGGAACAUCAUCGUCCUUCUUCGACAACAUUUAGUGCCUUAUCUAAAGAAGAGUCCCCUGUCUUGUCUCCUACACUGUCUUUUACAAACCAAAAGCCAAGAUACAAUCGACCCUCUAGUAUGGUGGCCAAACGAGCUUCAGGAAGUAUACGUCCGACUUCUUAUCAUGAAAGUUAUGCAUUGACAAUGGAACAACAACAAGCAAUGACGAAUGCUGAUAUCAGACCAUCUUCACCUUCUUCACCUAAACCUGGUUCAGUCUCUGAUGAUGUUGUUCCACCUGUGAAUACGCAAUCCCCAGCAACAACCAAUACGACAACCUUUGUUGAUCCACAUAUUACAUCAACACGAGCAAUGAUACGUAGACGCACAACAAGGCCUAUGUCACAAGUGAUUGUUGAGGAAGAAAAGGAAUCUACUGUGAAUGAACAAGAUGAAGGCAAAGUUAUAGCAACAAAAGAACAUCAGGAAUUACCACCAUCGUCAUCCUCAUCCUCAUCGUCAACAACAGCAACAACAACAACAACAACAUCGUCAUCAUCAUCAUCAUCAUCAUCGUCGUCGUCAUCAUCACUACCGCCGACAUCAACUUCAGUGCCAUUGCAGGACAAAGGCACUCAUUUUAUGACAGCAUCCACUAUAUCUUAUGAUCGACGAGAUCGCAUCCUUCAACUUUUACAACAACAACAAAAAUGGAAACCUGUGAUGGUUGAUUCAAGCAUGCAAACUGAUCCUAUACCUGGCUUACCAUCAUUGGCCACUCUUCUUUCAACAACUAUACCUACCUUGAUUGUAACAGAAGAUAAACAUCGACAAGAACAACAACAACAAGAAGAUAAGGAAGACGUAGAAGAAAGAAUAUCUACUGGAAGUGAACGAGGAAUGGUGGAUGGUGAUGAAGAAUGGUUCCUUCAAGAUGAAGAUUGGGAUGAUACACAAGAACAAGAUUCUAUGAUGGCUGAAUGGCUUCUUGGUGAAAAUUGAUGGUUUUUUAUUUAGUUUAGUUUAUUUCAUGUAUAUCAUUUUUUUUUUAAUUUAUUUAUUUCUUACAUAUUUAUAAUGUUUAUUUAAUUCCUUUUACUUUUCAUUUUUUUUUGAAAAUAAAAAAUGAAGCUUACCUAUGAUUAACAUCUUUGCCUUUUGAAUUUUUAUGUCCCAGCAAACAAACGAGUAGAAAAAAAAGUAAAAAGUAAACUUUAUCUUUUU